AUGCUUGGUUUCCGCCCCCACCUAUCCACGCAAGAUGUCCUCUUACAACUCCACCAUGAUCUCCUCGACCCACCCACAUUUUCAGACACAAAGGCUCUCCUUAGCCUGGACCUUCACAAGGCGUUCGACCACGUCUCCCAUUCGGCUAUCCUUGCCGAACUCGCAGCCCUCAACCCCGGCACCCGCACCUACAACUACAUUCGCGCGUUCCUCACCGCCCGCACGGCCGAAAUCAUCAUAGGGGACCUCCCGUCUCCCACGUACGAGCUUGGCCCUCGUGGCACCCCUCAGGGCGCCGUCUUGUCGCCUUUUCUAUUCAAUCUUGCCCUCCGCUCGCUUCCUGGCAAGCUGGACCGUAUCCCCGGUCUUAAACACACCCUGUACGCGGACGAUAUUGCUCUCUGGGUCACGUCGGGCUCUGACGGCCAUAUCGAGCAGACGUUGCAACGCGCAACCGACGUCGUCACGUCCCACGUGCACGCGGCCGGUCUUACUUGCUCAGCGGCCAAAUCGGCCCUUCUUCUCAUGCGGCCACCCGACCGGCGUCGCUACAAAACUCCCCACCCCACCAUCACGGUUCAUGCCAACUCUACUCCUGUCCCCGUCGUUUCGCAUCUCCGCGUGCUCGGGCUGAUCCUACAGUCCAACCGCCAUAAUACACACACCAUAGACAAGCUCUCGCUCUCGGUGCAGCAGACCGCACGUAUGCUCGCCCGUGUCCGUGCGCGGCGUGAGGGCAUGCGAGAACACGAUCUACUUCGCCUUGUCGACGCUUUCGUCGUUUCCCGCCUCACGUACGGCCUUCCUUAUACACGUCUCCUAAAAUCGGAACGCAAUAAAAUUGACGUCCUCAUCCGCCGGGCAUACAAGACUGCCCUCGGCCUUCCCCCCAACACGUCCACCGAUCGUCUUCUCCGUUUGGGUGUACACAACACGCUCGACGAGUUGAUUGAGGCUCACCGCUCCGCUCAAGUGCAACGCCUUUACCGUUCGCCGACCGGUCGCCACAUCCUUUCCUCCAUCGGCCACGACACCUCCUCCCACCCUCCGGAUCUGGUCUCAUUACCCCAUGCUAUUCGAGCGGCGUUCUACAUCAAGCCGCUACCUAAGAAUAUGCUGGCGGGCCACCACGACGCUCGCCGCCAAGCCCGUGCCGCCAUGCUUCAAGCAAAGUACGCCGACCACCCGGCCGUCGCCUACGUAGAUGCGGCCCGAUACAAUGCACGCAGGGACGCCUUCGUAGUCGUUUCCGUGUCGCCCUCCUCAGCUCCUUUGGGGCCGACCAUCACGGCUGGCACCGUCAGAACGCCUUACGCCGUCGAGGCGGAGGAAGUGGCCAUUGCUUUGGCCGCGACCUCGGCUGACGCAAGCGUCAUAAUCAGCGACUCCAAACAAGCCAUCUCCAAUUUUGCGCGAGGUCUCGUCUCGCCUACCACCUUACGGCUACUUCGGCCCCUACUGCAGCAAGAUGAGCAGUGCCGCAUAGAACUGAUCUGGGUCCCCGCCCACUCGGGUCACCCCGAGUCGGACGCCCUGGUGCCGGAGCCCCUGGUCACCUACCACGACAUCACUCAGCACUAUCGCCUCGAGCGAUAUUUCUAUUCACAUCCUCACAGCAGCCUUCCCAAGCGGUCCGAGAUCGCCUGGCGUCGCCUACAGACCCGCACCUUCCCGUGCCCCCUCGUAUUUUCAUACAUGCACCCAGGUGCCAUCGAUCCACGCUGCUGCCUGUGCGGCAACGUUGCCUCGUUGAACCACAUCCUCUGGGGCUGCCCGGAGGAUCCCCCGCCCGCCGACCUCCUUUGCUGA